GUCCCUCGACGAUCGCCUGCUCUCCCCUACUUUUCUUCCCUCCCUCGAGUUCGAUGAGAUCGUCACUCCGCGCUGCCUGCUUCUCAGUGCGGUGACAGCGCUGGUAAACAUGGCGUCUGAAGGGAUGAUUUUAACAAACCACGACCACCAAAUUCGAGUAGGAGUCCUCACAGUAAGCGACAGCUGCUUCAGAAACCUUGCUGAAGACCGCAGUGGAAUAAACCUCAAGGACCUUGUUCAUGAUCCGUCUCUGCUGGGAGGAAUCAUAUCGGCCUACAAAAUCGUGCCAGAUGAAAUAGAUGAAAUUAAGGAAACCCUGGUGGACUGGUGUGAUGAGAAGGAGCUGAAUCUGAUCCUGACUACUGGGGGAACGGGGUUUGCACCACGAGAUGUCACGCCAGAGGCCACGAAGGAAGUGAUCGAGAGGGAAGCCCCUGGAAUGGCCCUCGCCAUGCUGAUGGGAUCGCUCCAUGUCACCCCCCUGGGAAUGCUGUCCAGGCCGGUGUGUGGGAUUAGAGGGAAAACUCUCAUCAUCAACCUGCCAGGCAGCAAAAAAGGAUCACAGGAGUGCUUCCAGUUCAUUCUGCCUGCCCUACCGCACGCCAUUGAUUUACUGCGGGAUGCCAUUGUGAAAGUGAAAGAGGUCCACGACGAGCUGGAGGACCUGCCCUCCCCCCCUCCGCCCCUCUCCCCUCCCCCCACUACUAGCCCACACAAGCAGACAGAGGACAAGGGGGUGCAGUGCGAGGAGGACGAGGAGGAGAAGAAGGACAGCGGGGUGGCGUCCACCGAAGACAGCUCGUCAUCUCAAAUCACCGCCGCCGCCAUCGCAGCCAAGAGUCAGCAUGCCGAUACCAUUCCCGCUGUUGUCAUGGCAAAAGGUGGACAAUCCUUUCCCGGCCUCAUCACUCAUUCCUGUCAUUCCACAUGCAACAGAGAUGCAGGGGAACCGAUCCCCGAUUCCAUCAUCUCACGCGGAGUCCAGGUGCUCCCCAGGGACACCGCCUCUCUGAGCACCACUCCUUCGGAGUCGCCCCGCGCACAGGCCACCUCACGCCUCUCCACCGCUUCCUGUCCCACGCCAAAACAAAUUAGACUGCCGGACGAAAUCAAAGGAGUUGCUAAUAGAGUCGGAUCCCUCAAACUCCACCGCAAGCUGGAGGAGCUCAGGGAUCACCUAGAAGGCAAUGUGAAGGGGGGCUGCUCGCUCAGAGUAAAUGCUCGGCUCCCUUCCUGCUCCUCCACCUAUAGUGUUUCUGAGCUUCAUUAUAGGUUGGAAGGUCUAAAAGAUGAACUGGGGACCCACAGGAGCUACGACUCGCGAGUGCAGUCCAGGUGCAGCAGUAAGGAGAAUAUCCUGAGAGCCAGUCACAGCGCAGUCGAUAUCACCAAGGUGGCCCGGAGACACCGCAUGUCGCCGUUCCCGCUCACCUCCAUGGACAAGGCCUUCAUCACCGUGCUGGAGAUGACGCCCCUGCUUGGCACUGAAAUCAUCAACUACCGAGGUACAAAGACAGAGAAGAGAAUGGGUGAUAAUGCCGCAGUUUUACUCUUGCAUCAUACAGAUGGAAUGGGCCGAGUCCUGGCGCAGGAUGUGUAUGCGAAGGACAACCUGCCCCCCUUCCCAGCGUCCGUCAAGGAUGGCUAUGCUGUACGAGCUGCUGAUGGGCCGGGGGAUCGUUUUAUCAUCGGGGAAUCUCAGGCUGGUGAGCAGCCCACUCACACAGUGAUGCCAGGUCAGGUGAUGCGCGUCACGACUGGCGCCCCCAUCCCCUGUGGCGCUGACGCAGUGGUGCAGGUAGAAGACACAGAGCUCCUACGAGAAUCAGAUGACGGUACAGAGGAGCUGGAGGUCCGGAUUCUGGUUCAAGCUCGUCCAGGACAAGACAUCAGACCCAUAGGCCAUGACAUUAAGAGAGGGGAGUGCGUGCUGGCGAAAGGAACCCACAUGGGCCCCUCAGAGAUUGGUCUCCUAGCAACGGUGGGGGUCACAGAAGUGGAGGUUCAGAAAUUCCCAGUGGUGGCGGUCAUGUCAACAGGGAACGAGCUGCUGAAUCCAGAGGAUGACCUCCACCCAGGCAAGAUCCGGGACAGUAACCGGUCCACCCUCCUCGCCACCAUCCAGGAGCACGGCUACCCAACCAUCAACCUGGGCAUCGUCGGAGACAAUCCUGACGACCUUCUCAACGCUCUGAACGAGGGAAUCAGCCGCGCUGACGUCAUCAUCACCUCAGGGGGCGUGUCUAUGGGGGAGAAGGACUACCUGAAGCAGGUGCUGGAUAUCGAUCUUCACGCUCAGAUUCACUUCGGACGAGUGUUUAUGAAACCUGGUCUCCCAACAACUUUUGCCACUGUGGACAUCGACGGUGCUAGGAAACUAAUCUUUGCCCUACCAGGUAGUUUCAGCUUCAGAGACACAAGCUCCAUCCUCCUUGACACCUCUGUGCCACCACAGCAUGCAGAGCCGAGCAAGCAAGCCCCUGCUGCUACUCGUGGAAGUAAUCCGGUGUCUGCAGUGGUGACCUGUAAUCUCUUUGUCAUCCCAGCGUUGAGGAAGAUGCAGGGGAUCUUGGACCCCCGGCCCACUAUUAUCAAAGCCAGGUUAUCAUGUGACGUCAAACUAGACCCUCGCCCUGAAUACCACCGCUGCAUACUCACCUGGCAUCAUCAAGAACCACUGCCUUGGGCACAGAGUACAGGGAACCAGGUGAGCAGUCGUCUGAUGAGCAUGCGCAGCGCGAACGGACUGCUGAUGCUACCUCCAAAGACAGAGCAGUAUGUGGAGCUUCACAAGGGGGAGGUGGUGGACGUCAUGGUGAUAGGCCGACUAUGAUGUCACCGGCAGGAGGGGGAGUGGCUACGGUGCAUGUCCACAUAUCAUUGACUGUAUCCUGUAAUAUGCAACGGCACAGCUAGUUUUUAUUGAUUUGGAUAAAGUUGAUCAGUAUAGUCGACAUCUUGAAGACAAAAAUAAAAUAAACAACGGGGGGGGGGGACUAUUUCAAAGAGAGUUAAAAAAAAUAUAUAAUAACUUUUAAGAAAAAUCUUUUAAGAAAAUAAAUACAUUAUAAAAUAAAAUAAAUUUAUUCUGUAAUAUAUUAAGGCAACUUUUUUCUCUUUCAUAGCAAUUGCUUUGUGUGUUCAAUGCUAGGUCUGAUAGCGGUAGCUUUUAAUAGAAGCUGUAGGUGCCUGCGAACUUGUGUUUUUUUUCUCAUCUUUAAAAAAAGAAAAAAGAAAAAAAAAAACCUGCAGAUACUUAGGCUGUCUGCUUCCUUUAUGCUAGCUUAGAUGACAUGGCUAAUUCCCUUAUUAGUAUGCUUCAUAAUUGCUUCACAAAGAGCUUUGCUUGUUCUUUAUCUUGUAACUUGUGUUCAUGUGCACAGUGCCAAAAGACAAGAGGCUGCAGCGUGCGACCCUGGUGGCACCAAACCAGCUGCCAUGUUUGGGAAGCAUCCCAGCAGCCACCUGGCUCCGCGCUGCGCAGUGACCUGAUUGGCUGACAACACUGGAACAUCCUUUUAUUUGAAUAAAGAAACAACUUGCUUCCUUAAGUGCUGACAGCCUUUUUAACCAAUUAAUCAAAAACAAACAAAAAAAGAAAAAAAUACAAUGUACAGAAAUAACAAAAAAAGAAAUAAUAAAAUAAAGCGUGAUCUUGUACAGAGAAUAGUGAACCAGCAUCCAUGUUAACAAGCAAUGAGAGAUUCAACAAAUUCUGUACUAUAACGUUUUCUGUUAUGAUAUUGAAACAAAAAAAAAUUACAAAUAAAAAAAUCCUUGAUCAUUAUGUAAAACUUUCCGUUGUCA